AUGUCUUUUGAACUCAAAGAUAAAAUUUCAGAGCCUUCUUGUCCAAAACACGAGGAAUAUCUUGUCUGCGGCGAAGCGCCGCCUUGUCAGACAACCUGCGAGAAUUAUGGAAGACCAUGUGAUGUCCGGCCAACUUCCUACUGUCCUUAUGGUUGCUAUUGCAAAAGUGGAUACGCGCGCCAUCCAAUCACCAACCAGUGCGUGCAUUUGAAGAAUUGCCCAAUGAUCUAUCAUGAAUACAUUACCCAAAAUUCACCAAGCACAACGACUGAAUUAGCAACAGAAACAACUACUACUUCCACAACAACUUCCACCACCACUCAAAAACCGCCUAAUGAGUGUGGUAAAAACGAAGAAUAUUCUGACUGUGGCCCUGCGUGCCAAGUGGAAUGCUCUAAUCUAGGCAGAGACUGUCCAAAAGGCAAUGUCAAAUGCACUAAAGGUUGUUUUUGCAAACCAGGAUAUGCCCGAGAUCAUACUUCAAGACUCUGCAUUGCACAGCGCAAUUGCCGAAAUCCUUUUUGUCCCCGAAAUGAAAUUUGGCUGAUCUGCGGACAAGCUCCAGAGUGUCAAGAGAUGUGCGACGGAAUUGAUCGCGAGUGUGAAGCGCGCAAAUAUGGUGUCAAAUGCCCGUCAGGGUGCUACUGUCGCAAAGGCUACGCUCGGCAUCCCACAACAGGUGAAUGUGUUAAGAAGCGCGAUUGUCCACGCGAAUUGCAAUGUGUGGAAAACGAAGAGUUUAGAAACUGUGGGUAUCGGUGCAGAGAAAUUUGUAACAGUGAAAAUAGUUGCUACCAUGAAAAGUGUGAAGCAGGAUGCUUCUGUUCAGAAGGAUAUGUUAGGAUUAAUGUGAGGAAUGUGGUACAUCGGCGGAAAAUUGCAGGAGAGAAGUUUGUUUUGAGGGAUGUUUCUGUAUUGGUGGCUACAAAAGAGUAG